GCUACUUCCUAAGUGUCAUACUUAUAUUUACCAUUAUUGAGUGAAUCAUUCAGUGUAGUUCUGCUCUUGAAUCAAUAUUAUAAAUGAGUCCUGUAGGAGCAACCGCCUUCAGCGAUACCCAGCUGUUGACUCAAGAAUUCGAAAAGAGGGGAAGAAAGCGAGAAAAGAAUCGCAUCGCCCAACGGACCUAUCGCCUCAAUCAAAAGAAACGUAUACAGGCCUUGGAGACGGCUGCUAAACAAACCUCUGGUGCGGCUAGUCCACGGGAGCCACCGGCCUCUGCUACUUCGAGGAUGGAAAGAUUCGUAAUCUCGACACAUCAUCGGUCGGAUUCGAUGUUGACUCUUGACUCGAGCGACGUGUCAAACUCUGCCGGCACCUCCAACAUACCAGGUGAGGAGGCUCUUCCUCGACCUGAGCCGUGGCCAGUGGUACCCGGUCUUGAUCCGUAUCAUGUAUCAGCCGAAGUCCCAAAGUGGUCAGAUUUAGCGGGUCUUUCGCCCAAUAAAACACCUUUACAGAUCGCCAUUCAGAACAAGAACGUGUCAUUAGUUCAACUGCUUCUACGAGAAGGGGCAGAUGCAGCCAGGCAGUACCACGAUGGCUCAACAGCCCUACAUUUUGCUGUAGAGUCAGGGCAAGAGGAUAUUGUGAGGGCCAUCCUAAAUAAAGCCGUGAAUCCGAAUGAACCGGACUACCGUGGACGGACUGCGUUGUUCAGGGCAAUAGAAGCAGGAGAUCAUGCAGUCGCAAGACUCCUGUUAGAUUCUGCUUCUGACCCAAAUCUUAAGGAUAUCUUGGGAAACACUGCUCUUCAUCUCGCCGUUGAGGCAAACUCAGAGAUCUUGACUAUAUUACUUCUUGAGUACGGUGCUCAUAUUGAUCCUUAGAGCCUAAAUAGGACACAUCGACCGUGAACGGCCUCAUGACUGGACGUCAUCAGCACAAGCACCUCAAAACAGCACUGUUCGUAGGGAGUUUUUCUUUUUAGGGCUUUACAUAGAACAUAAAAUAUAAAAGG